UCCAGAAAAGCGUUCGGGUAGAGUGGAUUUCCGUUGCGAAAGCUGGACCGUGGAGUCUGCCAUGUGGAGCCGACCCAAGGACAUGACCGAUCAUUUUCUUUUGUCCGAAUGACAUCUAUUUUUAAUGUACGUUGCCGGGCUCGCGAUUUUUACCCUUCUACUUCGCCGCGCGCUGCCCGUAUCUCCCGGAUCUCGAGACGUUGCCUCAGGAUAUGACCCGUUGUCCUUCAGAUGUUCACCUGGACCAUCCACCAAGGCUUUACCAGCCAGCUUCAGGACAGCAGCAAAUGCGCAGUUGUGCCGGACGCCACGCGGACCAUUCUGCUUCCAAAGCUCGCCUCUCAUCUCACGACUACGGCUCACCAUUGUCCUUUCUGCCAGAGCGAUUUCGUUAUCGAAUGCAUCAGGGCUUAUGGAGCGUUUUCGCACAUAUCCGCUUGUAUAUACCUUGUUCACCACGAAGAGCAUGUUUCAUGACUGGAUGGCCAUUUGAUGUUUGCAUAGCUUGCGAUGGAAUGGCAGAGGGUACGCGUACGGAAUCAGACUGCUUAAUCGUCGUUCAACUGCAACACCUGCUGCUCGGCUCGCGGAUCGAUCUCCCCGGUGGUUGCUUUCUUUCUAUUCGCCCCGAUAAGGGUUCCCAGCCUUCCGUUCACCCAGGACGUUUGAUGCCCAAGCCGAGAUAUUGGGCUGGAACGUGGCUGGUGUGGUGUGCUUUGCUUAUUACCGGUAGACUAUGGACGGGAAGAGUAGUAGUGAGAAAAUGUGACUGUGGAGCACAAUCGUGCAGGCUAGGUGUAGGAAUUUCACUAGGGCUAGAAUUAAUGUGAGGGUUUGGAUUGGAUGGGAGGGUGCUGAUUCGGGCCUUUUGAAGGCUUGUUGGCUUUAGUGGCUAGUGGGUUUGGACUCCGCGGAGGAGGAGGGCGGGAGUUGGGAAGUUGGGAAGUUAGUUACUUCUAGGUAGGGGUAGGAAUUUACUAGGGGCAAUGUGGAAGGUAGCUGACGUGAGCGCGAGGGAUGGGGACUGGGGGUUAUGGCUGUUGUUGCUGUGGAUGGGAAAAAGUAUCGAUAUU